AUGACCGCCUGCACUGCAAUAUACGUCCCGGAGUACAACCAGGAUUUCUUCCUUGGGAUUCCAUACGCUCAGCCUCCCCUCGGUGACCUACGCUUCGCGAAUCCUGAGGCGUUGAACUCGUCCUUCACUGGCGUCCGAAAUGCGACUACGUAUAGUCCUGAAUGCGUGGGAUACGGCAGUGAUCAGUGGGGAUAUGCGAUCAGCGAAGACUGCCUGUACCUCAACGUGAUUCGGCCCGCAAACUACUCAGAUUAUGACGAGCCGUUGCCUGUUGGGGUUUGGAUUCACGGCGGCGGCUUCUACGAGGGUGGCACGCCCGACCAACGGUACAACCUCUCCUUCAUUGUCAAUAACGGAGUAGAGGUGGAUAAGCCCUUCAUCGGUGUAUCCAUUGCCUAUCGUCUCUCAGCUUGGGGAUUCUUGGCAUCGGGUCAGCUUGCGGGGGAGGGCACGAACAACAUGGGAUUGAGAGAUCAGAGGUUGGCCUUGCACUGGCUCCAGGAAAACAUCGCGUCUUUCGGCGGUGAUCCAACGAAAGUCACGAUCUGGGGCGAAAGCGCGGGCGCACAGUCGGUCGGCUUCCACCUCGUCGCCUACAACGGACGAGACGACAACCUCUUCCGCGGCGCGAUCAUGGAGUCUGGCAACUCCCUACAAGCCAACGCGAUGUUCACCGCGGACUACUACACGCCGAUGUACCAGGCGGUCGUGGACAACGUCGGGUGCACGGAGUCGAUCGACGUGCUCGGGUGCCUCCGCGCGACGCCCUUCGACACGAUCAACGCGGCGCUCAACACGACGAACGCGACGCAGUGGUUCGUCGUGCUUGACGGGGACAUGUUCACGAAGCUCGCGAGCUACCAGCUCGAGGCGGGCGAGUUCGUCCACGUGCCGAUCAUCUCGGGCGCGAACACGGACGAGGGCACGUCGUUUGGGCCGACAGGCGUCAACACCUCCGAGCAGUUUUUGGAUGUCCUUGCGUCUGGAACACUUCAUCCGUUCAUUGGAUUGGCGCCCGCUCUUGGAGAUCUGAUUCUUAACGCCUAUCCUGACGACCCCUGCGAAGGGAUUCCUGUGGAUCUCGGAUGCACCCGCCUCAGUGGCAAGUACGGGCUAGAGUAUAGACGGACGUCUGCGUAUGCAGGCGACGCAACCUUCAUCGCCGCCCGGCGCUACCAGUGUCAGACCUGGACGGCCGGGGGGAAUGCAGCAUACUGCUACCGCUUCAACACGCGACCAAACGGGAACACCAUCUACUCCGGUGUGAACCACUUCCAGGAGGUCUCGUUCGUCUUCGACAACACAGGAGGCUAUGGCUACGACGUGACGCCCGACCCCUUCGGCGGCGUCCCGGAGAGCUACUACAGCCUCGCGAAGCUGAUGAGCACUUCAGGCUCGGGGAUACCGAACGCCCUCUGGCCGGUUUAUGACAACAGUAAUCCUCAGGACAUUGUCUGGGACGCGAAUGUAACGGCACUUGCAUGGGUGGAGGCGGACACAUACCGUGCUGACGGGAUUAACACUAUCUUGUCGCUGAAUCGUGCCUUCCAUCGUUGA